GCCGCCGCCUUACGGCGCCCCCCGCCGGGGCCUCCGCCCGCGCCGGGCGGGAUGCGGCCCGCUCGGAAGCGGCUCUGCUCCGCCUUGAUCGUCGCUUACUGCCUCUUCUCCCUCUACGCCGCCUACGCCGUUUUUUUCCGUCCCCGCCGCACACCCUCUCCCCGCCCGCCGCACCGGGACCGGCGCGGCCCGCGAGAUCAUGUUGCCGUGGGAAGUGAGGAGUGGAAUCCGUGGGAACUGGACGAGAAAAAUGAACAGGCAGCUUCUCAGCAGAGAUACGAAGCAUAUCUUAAGAUGAUGAAAAAUGCAAGAUCUCACCUAGAACAAACUAGCCUUAGAGUGCAGAUUUGGGGCAAAGCUGCAGUUGGUCUUUACCUUUGGCAGCAUAUUUUUGGAGGGAACCUUGAGCCAGAUGAUGUGAAUGCUCAGUGGAGAGAAGGAAGCCAAAAAGCAGGAAACACGUAUUUCAGCUUCAUCACCGGCCCCUCCGUGGUUCCUGGCUACUUCUCAGUUGAGGCUGAAAGUGUUGUGCUGGUUCUGAAUGGAAGAGAAAGAGCUAAGGUCACUUACGCCACUCAGUGGCUGCAUUAUGUACAGACGUUAAUUCAGACUCACAAAAUACAGCGUGUAGCAGUUGUGCUGCUUGGAAAUGAGCAGUGCAACAAUGAGUGGAUUCAGCCAUACCUGAAAAGACACGGAGGAUUUGUGAACCUGCUCUUUGUUACAUAUGACUAUGCCUUGGUAAAUGAAGAAGAUAUUUUCCAGUGGCCUUUAGGAGUAGCUACCUACAGAAAUUUUCCAGUUGUAGAACCCAGCUGGUCUAUGGUACAUGAUUCAAGACCAUAUCUAUGUAAUUUCUUAGGAACAGUUUAUAAGAACUCUUCUAGGGAAACACUAAUGGAAGUUUUGGAGCAGAACGGGCUUGAUAAACUUUGCUGGAUUGCAGCCAGAGAACAGUGGCAGCCUCAAGAAACAAAUGAAAGUUUCAAAAACUAUCAAGAUGCUUUGCUGCAGAGUGAUUUGACAUUGUGCCCAGUGGGAAUAAAUACAGAAUGCUACAGAAUUUAUGAAGCUUGUUCAUAUGGAUCUGUGCCUGUUAUAGAAGAUGUAAUGACACAGGGUGACUGCGGAAAUUCAUCAAAGUACCACAGUGCUCCAUUACAAUUAUUAAAAACCAUGGGGGCCCCAUUUAUCUUUAUUAAAAACUGGAAAGAGCUUCCUGCUGUUCUGGAGACAGAGAAAAAAAUGAGCUUACAGGAAAAGAUUCAAAGGAGAAAAAAGCUUAUAGAAUGGUAUCGAAACUUCAAAGCAUGGAUGAGACAGAAAUUCAUUAAUACUUUGGAAAAUUCAUUUUUAUCCAGUGAUAAAGGAUAAAUUGUCCCUUUUCAAAAUCUAGAAUAGAUUGAAAGCUUAAUUUUCAUUAACCUUCUGAGGAAACUUCUAUACAAAAGAAAUCUCAUGGGGCAGACGCAUCCCUUUUGAAGUCAACAGAAUUAUUCUACCUUGACCAAGAGCCAUGUUUGGCCCUCCAUCUGUAACAAAUUUCAGAGAGGUUGUUGACUUAGCAAGAUGGUAGUCUGGAAGGAUUAGAACCAUUUUAUUUAUAAUUUUUACAAUUUACAUGUUGGUGUGUGACCUGAUUUUUUCUUUUUAGGAGAAUCUUUUUCAGCAUGUGAACUUUUUAAAGUCUAACGUGAGUACAACAGUUGUGUUUGAAGAAAAAAGAAGAAUGAAAGUUCUGUGAUACAGAGUAAUUUAUUAGGUAGCCUAAAGAAGAAGAGUAUUAUUCUAGCACAAUUGCCAGUUUUAGCACAGUUGCACAAUCAUUAACACAUAUCCUGGUAAGUGCUUGUUUUAAAAAAUGUGAACUUGAUUGGCAUUUCAUUUCCAAGGAAGUGGCCAUAAAACUAAUAAAACACUGUGCAAUAAAA